AUGAUUAUAGUCGCUGGUACUUCUCGUUCUCGGAUUCCUUGUCACCGCCUCGUCCUCGCUGAGCACUCCACCUCUCUCGCUCUCGCUUGCUCAGAUUCUCACGCUACCGAAAUCUGCAUCCCGCACUGGGAGCCUCAGAUACUGCAUUAUGUGCUCCGAUAUCUUUACACGGGGGACCUCGCGUCUCUAGAAUUCGAAACUUUGAUGAAUAUUUACGCCUGCGCUGAAGAUCUCGGGAUUGAAUGUCUUAUGGAAAAGGUUUUGUACGAUGCCGUCCUUGAAGCUGGAAAAUGGGAAGUCGUCUUGCAGGAUAAAGACAAAUUUAUCCAACUAGUGGAAAAGAUUUUCUCUUUGACGGCGGAGGAUGAGAGACGAUCGUACAUCUACAAAGGAGUAUUCCGUCUCGUGCUUGCGAUAGUUCAGCAAGAUGGUCUUAUGGCUGAAGAGUGGUUCCUCAGUUUGCUGAAACAAUAUCACGAACUUGGUAUUGAACUUCUGAAGGCAUCUCUGGAAGGGGAGCAUGAUAGCGGGGUUACAUAUUGCUUCAAGGAAGGAUGCGACGGGAUUAUUGGAAAAUGGAAAAAGUGUAAGACUUGCUUGUCUUCGGAUUGGGGUGAAGAUGAUUGGUAG